AUGAAGUACACCCUCGCUCUCUCCGCUCUCUUUGUCACCGCCCUUGCCAUUCCCACCGGCAACGGUGGUAAGGGGAAUGAAAGAUCUUGCGAAAACCAUGAAACGGUCGUCUGCAAGGGAAAUGGCGAAGCUGGUCUCUUGUCCUUGGGCAACAUUCUUACAGGUCUUCUUGGUAGCAGCUGCUCCAAUGGCAACUUUUACUGCUGCACGACGGAAGACGUGGAACAGCAUGGUUUGAUCAACCUGGACCUUAACCUGCAAUGCGCUCUUAACGACAUCCUGUGA